UCGGGCCUUUUUUAUACACUUUGGGAAAUUUUGCUUUCCUGAGGCGAGCUGAGCCUGUACUCCAUGCUCAUAGAUCGUGGGAACAUAGAUCGCUAUUAUGGCCUAGGAUGCUCUAUGCUCAAUCUUUUUCGUUCUCUUUGUCUUUAGGUAGGUCAGCAGCCCAAUAUGGCUUCCUUCGCUGGUGCACUGUUGCGGUUGAUUUUCAGAGGAAAACCACAAGAGGGCCGCACAAGCCGCAUGGACGAGGAACAAGGCGUUCCAAAUGCGCCAUCUACGGCAGGUUUCGGCUCAGCGGCAGUGGCGUCAACAUUGGGGGUCAACCAGAAUGCGAUCCCCCACGGUCACGCCCAUCGACGCUAUCUCGUUUCUGAAGACGAUCCACUCACCCUGUACCGCCUUAUGGUUGGUAUCAGUACCUCGCCCUAUCUCGGCUACAGCGAAUCGAGCCCCAUAGGCACACGUCCAGCAGCGAAUAUCGGUAUCUACGCACGCGUUAUACACUCAGAACAGAAGUCCAAAGACCGCUACAAAGUUUUCUCGAUCCUCAUAAACGCCUGCUAUUUCCUACAGAUCGUGGUUGCAGCCUCGCUCACGGCCAUGGGCGCCGCGGGCGUCAGCCAUGGCGCAGUGACCGCUUUUGGAGCCAUUAACACCAUUAUUGCAGGUCUCUUGACCUUCCUGAAAGGUAGUGGGCUACCAGCGCGCCUCAAAUACUACGGAAAUGAGUGGAAGAAGAUCCGCGAGUUUAUCGAGCAGCGCGAGCGAGACUUUUCCCGGUCGAAUUGUACCCUCGACGUGUUUGAAAUCGUCGCCACUAUCGAUCGCAUGUACAACCACACCAAACAAGAGAUCGAAAUGAACACGCCCGAUAGUUAUACAUCAGUAACAGGUGGCAUGCGAUUCAGAAAUGGCAGCAAUGAGAAAGUCGGCGGUAUCGAUGUUUCAAAGUUCGAGGGCUUGGCUUCUAAGCUUAACGGCACGGUUCAGAAGCUUGCCGUUGGCUUAGAGGGCAAGGCGCAAGAUGUUACGAACCGCAUACACGACCAUGAGAAGGAGAUAUCAGAAAAUGUACGCGGGGUGCAAAGGACCGUCGUAAAUAGAAUCGACGAGAAAAAGGAGAGUCUAGAUCGCGAAGCAAGCGAGCGCACCGCACAAGCGGCGAAGGCGCUUGACGAUGGAAAGCGCGAGGUAUUAGGUAGCAAGGACCAAAUAGAGCAAGCUGGCACACAAGCAGUAAGGGACGCUAGCGACACGCAUCGGACGGUAGUAGGCGAAAUGCGAGCCGCGGCGUCUGCCUCAAUGCGCGGAGUCGCCGACAGACUAGGACAUCAUCACGAUUCAAUACAAGAGGGAGGCGAAAAGAAAUAAGAAAAACACGGUCGUGGGUACAUAUAAAGUUUAUGGCGUAAGGGGGCUAUUCAUCGUGUAUGG